AUGCUCGACACGCUGCGGCCGCCGGCUCCCCCCUUGGCGUCGGGCAUGGCGCUGGGCAAGACGGUGGCGUGGCUCCACGAGCAGCUGGAGCGGGGCGCCGAGCGGCUGCUGCUGGUGGACUGCCGCCCGCCCGAGCUCUACGAGUCGUCGCACAUCGAGUCGGCCGUCAGCGUGGCGCUGCCGGGCCUCCUGCUGCGGCGCCUGCGGAAGGGCAACCUGCCCCUGCGCGCCCUCUUCGCCAGCGGCGAGGAGGAGCGCGAGCGCUUCGCCCGCCGCUGCGGCACCGACACCGUCGUCCUCUACGACGAGAGCAGCGGCGACUGCAACGAGAACGCGGCCGGCGGCUCCGUGCUGGGCCUGCUGCUCCAGCGCCUCCAAGGCGACGGCUGCAGGGCCUUCUACCUGGAAGGUGGUUUCAGCAAGUUCCAGGCAGAGUAUGCCCUUCAUUGUGAGACUAACCUGGAUAGUUCAUGCAGCAGCAGCUCUCCCCCUCUGCCAGUCCUGGGCUUAGGAGGUCUCCGAAUCAGCUCAGAUUCCUCUUCAGACAUUGAAUCCGACAUUGAUCGUGAUCCCAACAGUGCCACGGACUCGGACGGCAGCCCCCUGUCCAACAACCAGCCUUCUUUCCCAGUGGAGAUCCUUCCUUAUCUCUACCUGGGCUGUGCCAAGGAUUCCACUAACUUGGAUGUUUUAGAAGAGUUUGGCAUUAAAUAUAUCUUGAAUGUCACCCCCAACCUGCCUAACCUCUUUGAGAAUGCUGGCGAGUUCAAAUACAAGCAGAUCCCCAUCUCUGACCACUGGAGCCAAAACCUGUCUCAGUUCUUUCCCGAGGCCAUCUCUUUUAUAGAUGAAGCUCGGGGGAAAAAUUGUGGAGUGCUAGUCCACUGCCUGGCAGGGAUCAGCCGCUCAGUCACAGUGACGGUUGCAUAUCUUAUGCAGAAGCUCAACUUGUCCAUGAAUGAUGCCUACGACAUUGUCAAGAUGAAGAAAUCCAACAUCUCCCCCAACUUUAAUUUCAUGGGGCAGCUGCUAGACUUUGAGAGGACUCUGGGGUUGAACAGCCCCUGCGACAACCGCGUGCCCAGCCAGCAACUGUAUUUCACCACUCCUUCCAACCAAAACGUCUUCCAAGUGGACUCCCUGAAGUCCACGUGAACUCCAGACAGUCCCCACCUCUUCCAGGCACGGGUCAUGUGAUUAUUCCUCCAUGCUUCUCUUUGAAAGCAGCAAAGAAGCAGCAGCUUUCUUUUGUGGGCCCUGCUUAUUGAUCAGUGGCCGCCUGUGUGCUUAUAUCAAUAAAAAGGUUACAAUGUUUGGAAUCGGAGGUUGCAAAGAGAGGGAACUUUCUGUGUUCCCUGGGGAAAAGAAAUGUAAAAUAUUGCCUGUAGGUAGGCAGCAGAUUUU